CAGAGAAAAGCGUUUCUCCAUAAUAAUGACACAGCCCACUUUCGGCUCAUUUUAGUGCUUUUCAGGAUUCAGCAAUUAUGUAAAACAGAGAUCUCAAACAUCUCCAUAGUCUCGUGAAAGUUUUUUUUUUUCUGGUGGUUUAUGGCUGAUAAGCUGUGGUAACUAGUGAUCACGCAACAGCAGAGCGAAGUUAAGCAUUAACGGAAUCUAUGCUUAUGAACUCCAAACCCUCAUGAAAGGACAUCCAGAACCAUAUACAUGAGAAGCUGUAAGAAUCGCGAUCAGGUUGCUGCUUACUGGGAGCAUCACCUCUAUUCAUACUGAUCAUUAGAGGUGAGAGAGGUGAAAAUAUGUCUGCUGCUCUGGAUGAGUACUGUGGGUCAACUUUUUGGAAUGACUCGUAUCUGGAUCGCAUGGAUCCGGACUUACCGGUGUGUGUGGAGAGAACGGUGUUGGUGUGGGUACCACUGGGAUUUCUGUGGCUUUGUGCUCCCGUACACUUGGUCAGUCUCUUCAAGAAAAAAGCUCCCAAAUCUCCAUUCUCCAAACUUUACAUCUGCAAGCAGGUUGUAGCAGGACUUCUGUUCCUGACAGCUAUUGCUGGACUUGCUGUCACACUUGCUGAAGAUUACAGACCGAUGGAUGACUCAUUGGUUAAAAAAAAUCCUGCUGUGCUUUAUGUUAAUCCUGUCCUGUUUGGAGUCUCUUGGGCUUUGGUGAUGUUAAUCCAGGAAGCUGUUCGACGCAAGGAGAGAACCGUCGAUUCUGCAAGCCUCUUUCUGUUCUGGCUGCUGUUGGUCAUCUGUGAUAUCUUUCCUUUCCAGACCCUUCUACGAGAUGCCUUAAAAGAGGAGAACAUAGCAGAUCUUCCCAGGUUCUGUCUUUUCUACAUAGCCUUUGCACUUCAGCUGGUCGCUUUGGUUUUAUCAGCCAUUGCUGAUGUUCCACCUGAUCUUAAGGAGGUGGUAAAAAAGAACCCUGAAGCUGGCGCUGCAUUUCUUAGCAGAAUCACUUUCAACUGGUUUAACUGGAUGGUCAUCAAUGGCUACAAAAGGCCACUGAUACAGGAGGACAUGUGGGAGUUGAACGAGAAGGACAGCACGGACUGCAUCAGCCAGAAGUUUGAGGGGAUUAUGAAGGAUGAACUAAGGAUUGCUCGGCAAAGGCUACAGAAGAAACAGAGCAAGAAAAAAAAAACUACACUGAAGCCUGAUCGUGACCAGAAUGGCCUGGCCAAGGGAGUCAGUCAGGAUAUCCUGGUCAUGGAGGAGAGAGGAGAAAAGUCAGAAAAGAAUAAGAAAAAGAAGGAACAAAAGGACAAUGCUUCAGAUUAUCCUGACUCCUGGCUGGUGCCCACCAUUAUGAAAACCUUUAAAUGGGCACUUAUAGAGUCUGCUAUCUUCAAACUAUUACAAGACCUUCUUUCAUUUGUGAGUCCACAGCUGCUCAAGGUCAUGAUAUCCUUCACGCAGGACAAAUCGAUUUAUAUAUGGUGGGGUUACAUUUAUGCUGUACUGCUCUUGAUUAUGGCAAUUCUUCAGUCCUUGUUCCUCCAACAGUAUUUUCAGCGCUGUUUUGCUCUGGGUAUGAAAGUACGCACAGCAAUCAUGGCAGCGGUGUAUAAGAAGGCACUGGUCAUGUCUAAUAAUGCAAGGAAGGAGUCCACUGUAGGGGAAACAGUCAAUCUGAUGUCAGCCGAUGCUCAGCGCUUCAAUGAUGUCACCAACGUUAUCCACCUGUUGUGGUCGUGUCCACUGCAGAUUGUUAUGGCCAUAGCAUUUCUGUGGAUUGAACUGGGGCCUUCUGUUCUCGCCGGUCUCUUGGUGAUGUUGCUUAUGGUUCCCAUUAAUGGGUUACUGGCCACCAAAUCCAGGUCUUUGCAGAUGGAAAACAUGAAGUUUAAAGACAAACGCAUGAAAAUGAUGACUGAAAUCUUGAACGGCAUCAAGAUUCUUAAGCUUUAUGCUUGGGAACUCUCUUUCCAGGAUCAAGUUCAAGACAUUAGAGAGAAGGAGUUGAAGGUGAUGAGGAAGUUCGCCUACCUGUCGUCCAUCUCCACCUUUAUCUUCUCCUGCGCUCCAGCUCUGGUAUCAUUGGCGACCUUUGCUGUUUUUGUGUCUGUCAGUCCGGAUAACAUCUUAGAUGCACAGAAAGCUUUUACGUCCAUUUCUCUCUUCAACAUACUGCGUUUUCCUCUGGCCAUGCUCCCCAUGCUGAUUUCCUCCAUUGUACAGACAACCGUAUCCAAAAAAAGGCUGGAGAAGUUUCUUGGUGCAGAUGAUUUGGACACAAUGGCAGUGAAGCACAGCGACAACAAGGGCACAGCAGUAAAUGUGAGCAACGGCACUUUUACCUGGGGGACCGAUUCCAACCCAGCUCUGAAGAAUGUGUCUCUGGAUAUUAAACCAGGUUGCCUUGUGGCUGUGGUGGGAGCAGUGGGUUCGGGCAAAUCCUCUCUGAUCUCAGCUCUGCUCGGGGAAAUGCGCAACCUCUCUGGCUCAGUCCACAUCAAGGGAUCUGUAGCGUAUGUGCCGCAGCAGGCCUGGAUUCAGAACGCUACUGUAAAGGAUAACAUCUUGUUUGGCUCAGAUGAGGAUGAGCAGAAGUUCCAGACUGUAGUGGAAGCCUGUGCGUUACAGCCAGACCUGGAAUUACUUCCUGGUGGAGCUCAGACUGAAAUCGGCGAGAAAGGCAUCAAUCUGAGUGGAGGGCAGAAACAGCGAGUGAGUCUGGCUCGAGCGGCCUACAGCUCUGCGGAUGUGUUCCUGUUGGACGACCCACUCUCUGCUGUUGAUGCUCAUGUGGGGAAACAUCUGUUUGAGAGGGUGAUUGGACCCAAUGGACUGCUUAAAGAUAAGACUCGUAUCCUGGUAACUCAUGGGAUCAGCUUUCUGCGAUAUGUUGAUGAAAUAGUUGUCUUAGUGGAUGGCGUUGUGUCAGAAGUUGGGUCGUUCGACAGUUUGCGUGCCAGCAAGGGAGCUUUCUCUGAGUUCCUGGACACAUAUUCUAAAGAGGAGAACAAAUCUAGUGCACAAAAGGAAUCAGCUUCAGAUAUUGAGGAGGUUGAAAUUGUUCCUGAGAGUCACGAGCCACAACCUGACAGUCCUGCUGAGGAUGUAGUCACUGUCAUGUUGAAGAGAGAAAACAGCUUACGUCACAGCCAGCGUCAUACAAUGCGCAAUGGCAGCCUAAAAGUAAGAAGGAACAGCUCAGCUAGACCUACAAAAGCUGCAGAAGAGUCCAAGAAGGGGCAGAGGCUGAUUGAAAAGGAAACAAUGGAGACUGGAAAGGUAUGUAAAAAUCUAAAUUUCCCAAAAAUUAACCUUAAUUUUUUUUCUAAGAAAACUCGUAAAGCUCUGGAAUUGAGUUGUUUCAACCAAGAGAGGCUUGUUCAUGAAGUCAAAGCUCAGGUCAAAUUCUCUGUUUAUCUACAAUACCUGAGAUCUCUUGGCUGGGGCUUCACCACCAUGUUCAUUACAGUUUACUUCAUCCAAAAUAUAGCCUUCCUAGGUCAGAACCUAUGGCUGAGUGAGUGGACCAAUGAUGCUAUCAAGUAUCCCAAUGGAAGCAGCUACCCUGCGCAUAUUAGGGAUAUGCGAAUUGGGGUCUUUGGAGCACUUGGAGUGGCACAAGGCAUAUUGGUGUUUCUGGGCACUUUGCUCCUGGCUGAUGGAGCAAUACGUGCCUCCAGAAUUUUACACAGUCGAUUACUGACCAACAUCCUCAGAGCACCCAUGCUGUUCUUCGAUACCACGCCAUCAGGAAGGGUGGUCAACCGCUUUGCAAAAGACAUGCUUACAGUGGACGAGAUGAUCCCCAUGUCUUUCCGUACUUGGACCCUCUGUCUGUUUGGCGUCCUUGGCACCUUAUUUGUCAUCUGUCUUGCCACUCCAAUUUUCACAGCAGUCAUUGUACCUCUUGCUGUGGUCUAUUUCUUUGUGCAGAGGUUCUAUGUGUCCACUUCAAGGCAGCUGAGGCGAUUAGACUCUGUUUCCCGUUCUCCCAUCUACUCCCAUUUUGGUGAAACGGUAUCUGGCCUUUCUGUCAUUCGAGCUUAUAGACAUCAGGAUCGCUUUCUGGAACACAACAAAGUCACUACUGAUAACAACCUCAAGAGCAACUACCCUUGGAUUGUUUCUAAUAGAUGGCUAGCCAUCCGACUGGAGUUGCUGGGUAAUCUGGUGGUGUUUUUCUCAGCAUUGUUUGCUGUGAUAUCUCGAGAUUCCCUGGACAGUGGGUUGGUUGGACUGUCAAUCUCCUAUGCCUUAAAUGUGACUCAGACACUGAACUGGCUUGUGAGAAUGACUUCGGAGCUGGAGACGAACAUCGUUGCAGUGGAAAGGGUCAGCGAAUAUACAGAGAUUAAAAAUGAGGCUCCAUGGCUCACAGAUAAAUGUCCUCCAAAAGAUUGGCCCACUGCAGGGAAGAUUCGGUUUGAGGACUACAAGGUCCGAUACCGACCGGAGCUGGAGCUUGUUCUUCAUGGCAUCACCUGCAACAUUGAAAACACUGAAAAGAUUGGCAUUGUUGGCCGAACAGGAGCAGGCAAGUCAAGCCUGACCAACUGUCUGUUCCGUAUCAUGGAGGCAGCUGAGGGACAUAUCAUAAUAGACGGAAUCGACAUCUCCACCCUGGGCCUCCACACUCUCAGGAGCCGAUUAACAAUUAUUCCACAGGACCCUGUGUUGUUCUCUGGAACUCUACGGAUGAAUCUAGACCCUUUUGAGGCGUUUAGUGAUGAGGAGAUAUGGAACGUUUUAGAACUGGCUCACCUGAAGGAUCAUGUGGUGACUCUGGCAGCAGGGUUGCAGCAUGAAGUCGCAGAAGGAGGAGAGAAUCUCAGUGUGGGCCAGAGGCAGCUGCUGUGUCUGGCUAGGGCUUUGCUACGGAAGUCAAAGAUCCUGAUCCUGGAUGAGGCCACUGCUGCUGUUGAUUUAGAGACCGAUGAACUGAUUCAGAGCACCAUCAACCGAGAGUUCUCCCAAUGCACGGUUCUCACCAUCGCUCACCGCAUUCACACCAUCCUGAACAGCACACGGGUGAUGGUUCUGGAUGCUGGGAAAAUAGUGGAGUUUGAUUCCCCAGCUGUACUAUUUGAGAAGAAGGGCCACUUUCAUGCCCUGGCCAGAGAAGCUGGAAUCUCAGCGAUACAGUACUCAGUGCUGUGAACUUUAUAGCCUGAAUUGGACAUUGCACUUGACUUGGAAGUGAGAAGGUGCAGCUUUAAUGUAACUGUCCUUGUGUGGAUGUUUACAAUAUAGACAGCAAAGUUCAUGUUUGCCUCUUUGUGUGUAAGAUCUGUGUGUGUUAAUGUGCAUGUUUAUGUGUUUCCUUUUGCAUAGACUGUAAACAGGGUAGGCUAUAUGUAUGCAAGUAAUGCUACUUGUGUGGUGCUACAGCGGAAUGUGCCCAUACAUGUAUAAACUGCAAAAAUGCAUUCAUCUCAAUAUUUUUUUUUCAAUAUCUACAUUAUUUAUAAAUUGUUCCUCUUUUUUGAUAAGCCAUUACUUCAAUAAAUUGUUUAAAUUUAGUCAAUUAAACAAAAUUUCCUUUUAAUAAA